AUGGCGACACGCCGAUGCUUCAUUAGAAGCAAAUCGGCAUGUAUUCUAUUCGCGCUAUUUAUUACUCUUUGUAGUUUACCCUGCAACCGCGCGCAGGUCACUACAGAACCGACUCCAGCAAUCCCGCAGCCGCAGGACGGCCGGCCGACGCCAUGGCAGCCGGGUCAGCGACCGCCAUGGAUGGAGGGGGGGCUGCCGUUCCCGGAGCGAAACGGCAAUCAUUCGGACCCUCUGGGCGGCAAUCUGCCGUGGGAGGAAGGGCGCGGGCAGAAUCUCGGGUACCAGCCUGUUCCGGGCGCUUCGCAGGGCGCCGUGCAGCCGAAUCCAAGCGCGCCGAGCGAGACACCGGCGGAUCAGCAAUGGGGAGAUCCGGAGGUUCCGCCUCCGCCAUCGCCUCCGCCGUAUCAGCCGGUGCCGUUCGCGGAACCGCCUCCCGCGGCGAACGCGAGUGCGCGCAUCGAGGAUGUGGGCGUGGUGGGGUCGGUGGUGGGCGACGAGCUGCCCACCACGUGCGGCCUGACGGAUUACGUCAGAAUGUCGAAGCCCUGCCAAGACGGCAAGCGCGAAGUGACCUACGUCAAAGUGCGCAACUGCACGGACGCAUUCCCCGACAUCCCCAUGCGCAACGAACCAUGUGUGUGCACGCCGGAGGACUACGAGCCAAAGUACUUGGAGAAUGGCGGCCAGUGCUACCUCUCUUACAUCGGCACCAACUGUGACUCGCCCAGUGGCGGCGGCCUUCCUCAGAUCGUCGUCGACCCCGUCUACUGCAGCAUCAGCUCGACGCGCCCAUGCGGGGAGGCGGACAUAAAGUCCAUCUACGGGCAGUGCGACUACAUCCGCGACUCCAUCACGGGCCAGAAGCUCUCCGUCAUGCCCGCUGUUGAGGUGAUUUACUACUUCGACAAGGAAUGCAAUCCCUAUGCCAGGGGAGCCGUUCCUCUGCCGCCCAACACCUUCAUUCCCUGCGACCACAAGUGCGGGGCGGGCCACAUUCUGCACCACGACGACUGCCAGAUCUGCCCUGCAGGCACAUACAGCACAGCGGGUGCGCUGGUGUUCAACAAGUUCUACCAAGUGGACCCCAAGUACUUCAAGACGGAGUGCAAGUACAAGAACGCGACGGGCAUGUGGCCAUGCGAGCCGUGGUAUGCGGACGAUGGCGCGCUUGAGGUGGGCGCAUACGACUACAUGAACGACUGGAACCCCGACGUGUGUGCGUCUGACAAGGCGUACAACUGUCACAACAACGUGCGCUCCACACUCUCCCUCGAAGUCGACCUCGUCCGUGAUGGGCACGUGAGGUUCAACUUCACAGUGAGUGCGGAGAUGGGGCGGGACGGGCUCUCCUUCUUCAUCGACUCGCUCUCACAGCCCGCCAUGGCGCUCGAGUCCUACCAGUUUGAGCCGCGCGAGGUGGUGUUCCCGCUCACCGCGGGGCACCACACGCUGGUGUGGCUCUACUCCAAGGACCAGCGCUGGACCAAGGGGGAGGACAUCGCGACUCUCAGGUUCAUAGAGGUGGACGGUAUUGGUUUUAACGACUUUGCCUGCACGCCCUGUGAAGCCGGCUUCUACAGGUGUGGUGCAUGGAUGCAUUCAUGGGGGCAUGUGGGGGAGCACAAGGGUUAUGCAUUCAUGGGGGCAUGUGGGCAAGGGAGCACAAGGGUUAUGCAUUCAUGGGGGCAUGUGGGCAAGGGAGCACAAGGGUUAUGCAUUCAUGGGGGCAUGCGUGCAUGGGGGAAUGAUGUGGGGUUUGAUUCCUCUACAGGUGUCCCGGCGUCACAUACCCAUCCUCUCUCGCCGUUCUCCCACCCCACCCACGUCCUCCUCCCCUGCCACCUCCCCCUUUCCCCGCCUCUCUCCGUCGAUGCCCUUAUCUUAUGA